CAGGAAAUGUUGGCGGAUAAGCUGAAGCUCCUCAACUACGAGGCAGAUUUUUGCAGAAAGAAGAAGCCCUACCGGAAGCCACUCGCACGCUUAUACUUCGCAGUGCCGAUGUCAAACUCCAGCGAGCAGUUCUUCUACUUCACUAGCUUGGCCGCCUGGCUUCUCUCCCUAGCGGGCGUCGACCUGCCAGCACCUAAGGAAUUUGACGACCCCAACAUGACGUGCUCGAACCUGCUGAAUGCCAUUAAGAAGCUGGGCUUUGCGGCGCCCAGCUACCAUCCCACUAAACUUACUGUUGGCCACGGCAAGGAGGUGGUGGGGGUGUUGGACGGGCUGGUGGACUACGUGCUGGAGAAGCGGCACCACGCAUACAAGCGACCGCAGUACGCUGGUCAGGACGGGCAACCUGAGGAGGGCGUGCAGUUGGAUGAUGAGGCGGAGUCGGCGGCCAUGGAGGGCGCUGACGAGACGGCAGCGGACGAUGACGACGAGGAGGAGGAAGGGGUGUAUGUGGACCCCGGGCGGGGGGACCCGGGCGGCCCGGGAGCGGGCGCAUCCAAGACUGUGGAUGCGGAGAAGGCGGUGCUCGUGUCAAAGGUGGACCCCACAUUGUGGAAGAUUGAGUUGGAGCGUGUGGCUCCGAAACUUCGAAUUACCAUUGCGGCAGAUUCUAAGGAUUGGAGGUCGCACCUGGAUGAGGCGCACCAACAUAAGGAGGUGAUUGGUAAGGCCUGGCCGGACAGCAAGGUCUCCCUGGAGCGCCUCCGCGCUGACCUGGACGGCACGCUGGAGAAGCUGCAGACCCGGGAGAAGUUUUUGAACGAGCAGUUUGAGAGCCUCAUGCAGCAGUACCGAGCAGCCAGGACCACGCUGACGGACGUGCAGGAGACGUACAACCGCAAGACGGAGGCUGUCGCGGACCGCAACAGCGAGCUGCACCGCAUUGCAGAGCAGCUGGAGGAGGUGAAGGCCAUGAUGGACGAGAAGGGCUCCAACAUUGCUGACGCCACACCGGUUGCCAGGAUCAAGACCGCCAUCAAGCAGCUAAACAAGGAGCUCCACGACAUGGAGGUGCGGAUUGGCGUGGUGAGCCAUACGCUGCUGCAGCUGUCGCUCCGGAACAAGCGGCUGCUGCAGGCGCAGGCGGCGCUCAGCGACGAAGAUGAGGACUGAUUGUCAAUUAUUAAAUGGUUCAUAACAUUUGGUGGUCUGCAUCUGCGACGGGCAGCAGCAGGAGUAGAAGUAGAAGGAGGGAUGGUGGUUUGGGUGCUUUUGAAGAGGUGAGGAGGUGGAGGAGGACCGUGGCGAAAAGGAGGGGAAAGGGGGGGAUUAUAACAGGAUGGUGAAGGAGAAGAGGAAGAAGAAGAGCAAGAGCACUAGACUGUCAUGUUCUCAUGGACAGGGAGAAGGGUGGUGGUAAGGUAAGGGUCUCCUAUGUGGGGUGGUGAGGCCCAUCUGGCAUGCUGGACAGGACACGUAAGGUACAACACAUAAGGUAAUUUUUCGGUGGCCCCUGAUAACGGUGACCUGUACUCCCGACGGGAGUGGUAUUGGUCUUAGUGGCGGUGGACCCGAAAGCAGGUGGUAAUGCGGCCGC